CUGUGUUAAUAUUAUAUGUGUCUAUUUUUAGGAAAAUAAUGUACUCCGUUCACGCCUAACCUAAGGUCAUCUUACGUAAGAUUGGCUCAGUUACUUUAAAACUAUGGGUAAUCAAGUAUCUGCUGAUGCCGGUGUCAACCUAAAGGCUCCAGUAAACAACGCCAAUCCGCCACCAGAAUGUCCUAUGCACAAAAAAGAAGAAAGCGCGCCCAAGGUUUCAGACUGCCCAGUGCAGCAUGGGAAUGCAACCAAUGACAUAAACCCGUAUAACAUGAUGCCACCAGCAAAUCAGCAGCCAGCUCCCGACCAGCCUUUCUCCUUGCCUGUCCAACGCCAAGUGUCAUCUAUUCCGCGAGCCAUGCCUGAUGGUUCCACAGAGUUCUGGGUGUACCCGAGCCAGCAGAUGUUCUGGAAUGCUAUGUUACGUAAGGGAUGGCGUUGGAAGGAUGAAGACAUAAAGCCAAAGGACAUGGAGGAUAUUAUUAAAAUUCAUAAUGCUAAUAAUGAACAGGCUUGGCUAGAAGUGCUGAAAUGGGAAGCGCUCCAUGCUAAAGAGUGUGGUCAUCCAAGGCUAAAGAGUUUUGGAGGAAAGGCCACUCAGUACAGUCCUCGUGCUCAAAUUCGCUCAUGGCUUGGGUACGAACUGCCCUUUGACCGUCACGACUGGAUUGUAGACCGGUGCGGCAAAGAUGUCCGCUACGUCAUCGACUAUUACGACGGAGGAGAACUUGACAACAAAUACCAGUUCGCCCUCCUUGAUGUCAGGCCCGCUUUAGACUCCUUUGAAAAUGCUUGGGACAGAAUGAAAGUUAUGUACAUGAGAUAUCGUUAUGAACUCAUUGGUGAGAAAGACUCUUCAACAAAACUAACAAAUUAGAAAGAGCCAAAACUUAAAGAGUAUUACAACUAACUUUAAUGUUUGUUAUAAGGUCCUUAAUUUUGAUCAACUAAAUUAAAUUAAAACAAUGA